UUGGCGCUCGGUGGCCGGCCGCCAUUUCCGUGAGAGGGAACGCGGUGCGGCCUGUGGCGAUGGCGCUAUUCCCGGCCUUUGCUGGCGUCAGGGAGGCCGCCGGUGGUGGAGGCUCCCGGAAAGAAUUAGACUGGCUGAACAACCCAAGCUUUUGUGUGGGAACCUUGACAUCACUUAGCCAACCGUCAGAAGAACCCACGAGCCCUAUUCCUGAGCGGUCACCCCUGAGAAGCAGGAGUCCUUUGAAGUCUGAGUCUUCAGAUGGGAGUGCCCAUGGCCGAAAGCUCCCACAAGUAAGCAGGAAGAAGAAGAAGGAGAAGAAGAAGAAAAGAAAGCACCAUAGGAAGACGAAGAGGAAACACGGGCAGUCGAGCAGCAGUGAGUCUGAGCCCGACACAGAUUUGGGGAAGGACCGGCCGUCCUGGAGCCUCACGGGUACUCAGAAGGAAUCUGAGAAACCCAGCCAAGGAAAUACUGCAGCUGUUGGUGCCAGCCCUCACUGUGUAUGGCUGGAAGACGUCGAGGCUCUGACAGGAGAAACCUUCCGUGUGGAUAAGAAGCCUGAUCCUGCAAACUGGGAGUAUAAAAGUCUCUACCGAGGGGAUAUAGCAAGGUACAAGAGGAAAGGAGACUCCUGUCUGGGCCUUAACCCUAAGAAGCAGUGUAUAUCUUGGGAAGGGGCUUCGGCCUCAAAGAAGCACUCGCACAGAGUCCCGGAACGCUACUUCACGAAGAAGAACGUGGGACUUCUGCACGCCGAUGGCGUGGCGGUGAGCUGUAACACUGAACUUCCCUCUUCAGAGCCCGUCUUGUUCAUCCCAGUGAAGGACUCGGAGGAAGUGGCUGCACCUGUUACAAGCUGGUUGAAUCCUCUGGGGAUUUAUGAUAAGUCAACCUCGCAGUGGUUGCAAGGACUUGGUCCCCCCGAGCAAGAAGCGAAACAGCCAGACUCACAAGUAGACAGAGAGAGUGCGGUUCUCAAGGCCAAGGUGGAGGACUUUAACAGGAGAGUCCGGGAGAAUCCUCACGAUACUGAGCUGUGGCUGGCGUUCGUGGCUUUCCAGGACGAGGCCAUGAAGAGCCCCGGCCUGUACGCGCUGGAGGACGGGGAGCGGGAGAAGCGGAAGGCGUCGCUGAAGCUCCUCCUGGAGAAGAAGCUGGCCAUCCUGGAGCGGGCCAUCGACAGCAACCAGAGCAGCGUGGACCUGAAGCUCGCCAGACUGAGGCUGUGCGCCGAGUUCUGGGAACCCUCCGUGCUGGUCAAGGAGUGGCAGAAACUGAUCUUCCUGCACCCCAACAAUACAGCUCUGUGGCAAAAAUAUCUUGUAUUUUGCCAGAGCCAGUUUAGCACCUUCUCAGUAUCCAAAAUCCACGGUCUUUAUGGCAAGUGCUUGAGCACUCUCUCUGCAGUUAACGACGGCAGCAUCUUGUCUCACCCCGCGCUGCCCGGCACGGAGGAGGCCAUGUUCGCCCUCUUUCUGCAGCAGUGCCACUUUCUGCGGCAGGCUGGCCACUCGGAGAAGGCCAUCUCUCUGUUCCAGGCCAUGGUUGACUUUACCUUCUUCAAACCCGACAGUGUAAGAGAUCUGCCGACUAAAGCACAGGUGGAGUUCUUUGAGCCCUUCUGGGACAGCGGGGAGCCCCGGGCCGGGGAGAAGGGCGCCCGGGGCUGGCGGGCUUGGAUGCACCAGCAGGAGCGGGGUGGCUGGGUGGUCAUCACCCCAGAUGAGGAUGAUGACGAGCCGGAAGAGGAUGACCAGGAAAUCAAAGAUAAGAGUCUGCCCCGGUGGCAGAUCUGGCUUGCCGCUGAGCGCUCCCGGGACCAGAGGCACUGGCGUCCCUGGCGCCCCGACAAGACCAAGAAGCAAACGGAGGAGGACUGCGAGGACCCCGAGAGACAGGUGCUGUUCGAUGACAUCGGGCAGUCUCUGAUCAGGCUCUCGAGCCAGGCCCUGCGCUUCCAGCUGGUUGAGGCCUUCCUGCAGUUCCUGGGUGUGCCUUCGGGCUUCGUCCCGCCGGCCUCCUGCCUGUACCUGGCCAUGGACGAGAGCAGCGUCUUCGACAGCGGGCUCCAUGACGACAAGCCCCUGACAGCCUUCGACUUUGCGUUCUCGGGCCUCAGCUGCGUGGGCCGCAUGGACCCGCUGGGCUGUCGUCGGUGGACCCGCGGUCACAGCCGCGAGGGCGAGGAAUUCAUCCGCAAUGUCUUCCACCUCGUGAUGCCCUUGUUCUCAGGGAGGCAGAAGUCUCACCUGUGUUUCUCCUGGCUGCAGUAUGAGACGGCAAAGGUCAUUUGGUGUCUGCACACUAAAAACAAGAAGAGAUUAAAGUCACAAGGGAAGAACUGCAAAAAACUAGCCAAGAAUCUCCUUAAGGAGCCAGAAAACAGGAACAAUUUUUGCCUCUGGAAGCAGUAUGCCCAUCUGGAGUGGUUGCUUGGCAACAUAGAGGAUGCCAGGAAAGUGUUCGAUACAGCGCUCAGCAUGGCGGGCGGCAGUGAGCUGAAGGACCGGGAGCUGUGUGAGCUGAGUCUGCUCUACGCUGAGCUAGAGGUGGAGCAGCCGUCAGACUCCAGAGAGGCCGCCACGGCCCGGGCUGUGCAUGUACUGACCCAGCUGACCGAGAGCAGCCCCUCGGGGCCGUAUACCGGGCCUGUGUUGGCCACUCGUGUGUUGAAAGCGCGGAAGGCUUACGAGCAUGCGCUGCAGGGCUGUCUGGGGGAGAACUGUGUCUCCGAUGGCGCUCCCGCCGACUCCUUGGACUGCCUGUGUAGCUUGGUCAGGUGCUUUAUGCUCUUCCAGUAUCUGACCGUGGGGAUCGAUGCAGCGGUGAGGAUCUCUGAGCAGGUGUUCGCCAAACUGAAGGACUCUGUUUCUCGGGAGGUCCCUGGCCUGGAGGACCGCGGCCUCUCCCAGAGCUUGCGCAGCGUGCUGGAGGCCGUCAGCCUGAUGCACACGAGUCUGCUGCGGUUCCACAUGACGGUGAGCGUGUACCCGCGGGCCCGGCUUCGAGAGGCGCUCGCGGACGCCUUGAGGCGCUAUCCUGGCAACCAGCUGCUUUGGAGGUCCUACGUCCAGACUCAAAGCCAGUCCCACGCGGCCAGCAAGACCAGGAGGUUCUUCGACGCGGUCGCCAGGUCUGCCAGCCCCUUGGAGCCCUGGUUGUUUGCCAUUGAAGCGGAGAAGCGGAGGAGGAGCCUGGCGGAGACAGUGCAGAGGGUGGGCGGCAGAGAGAUCCACGCCACCAUUCCCGAGACGGGGCUCACGCACCGGAUCCGAGCGCUCUUUGAAAACGCGCUGCGGAGCCACCACGGCAGCCAGUGCCCCCUGCUGUGGAGGAUGUACUUGCAGUUCCUGGUUUCCCUAGGAAACAAAGAAAGAAGCAAAGGCGUGUUCUACAAAGCACUUCAGCACUGCCCUUGGGCAAAGGUGCUGUACAUGGACGCCAUGGAAUACUUCCCUGAUGAGCUGCAGGAGAUCCUGGACCUGAUGACCGAGAAGGAGCUCCGAGUGCGCAUGCCCAUGGAGGAGCUGGAGCUCCUGCUGGAGGACUAGAGCCUGGCCGCCAGCCGGGCCCUUCUAGAACAAGGGGAGCGUGGGGGGAGGGGCACGGCGCUGCAAGUGUUGUCAUUUGUGUCUGGAUGUGUAAAUGACACAAAGCUAUUCUGCAUAUUAUAUAUGUGACGGUGUGCACGCGUAGAGUUGAACCGCACCAGUGGCAAUGAAACCUUUGUGGUUGUGGACAUGCCUCCGUGUUCUCUCUGGUCCUGUCCAGCCAUCUGUGGGGCUGCCACCCUGUGGCUAGCUCUCAGUGCUGCCUGCUUCUCCCGUAACCCGCCCUCCUCUACCUCAGUGCUCACCUGUACCUGGGGGACCUGGAAUGGCCGGUACAGUGGGCAGCGGCUCAGCAACUCCUCACAUCAAGGGCCAUGCUGUCAAGGGUUUGCUCUAGGUAGACGUUUCAUAGAAAAGGA